AUGGGUUCCCCGACCCCAGAGGCGAUGAGUCCUAUUUCAACAAUUCGUCCAAUGCGAAAGGCGGAUGCGGUUGGCAGAUUGCGAACUCGCUCUGACUAUUAUCUGUGGUUUUUUGGACAACUUCAUGUGAAGCAACUUCUGGUUUUCUUGCACUUCUUUCUGCUGGUUGUGUCUGUGUGGUUUAUGUGCGCAGCAGGAGCAGAUAACCUCAGCGGCCUCGGCCUUCCUGGCCUUGACGGGUUUCCGCCCUUCGAUGUUCACCAUGGGAGUAAAUCUGGCCAGAAGUUGGAUCCUUCGCAAGUAACAGCUCCCAGGCCUACGUUUCUCUAUACUGCACGAAACAUUGUAUCAGGACUGGGCUACUUCUACUUAUUCAGCUAUCCUUCGGUGGCGGUCUUUUCAUCUGGAGCGUGCGCGUGAUACGGAAGCAGUUCCUUACCUUUAAUAAAGCUCAUGCAGAUGAUAACUUCGUAUUCCUUAUCUUUGAAAGUGUUCGAUUCGUGCUUCUUCCAUGUGCAAUUAUGUGGGCUGUCUAUAUUUAUUUCUUUUAUGGUUGUAUACGUGGAUUUAUAUUCGUAUACCGCCGAUCGCAUCAGUCUAGUUCCCGCAAGAAUGGAGUUAGCACGGUGAACUCCACGAGUUGGUCUUUCAGAGGAAAUUGCUCAUCGCUGGUAUCCGAAGAAGUCAACGUUAGUUUUGGAUCAGGGACAAGUGAAAACAACAAUCCCAACCGUUCAUUUUGUGGAUUUAACUCAUCUUUUCGGCAGUUGGAUACGGUCCGUGAGGAGAGUGAAACUCAGGAGAACACUAUCGCCAGCUCCGAAACAGCAACUGGUGCAAGUAUGA